GCCUGUGAACUCAUUCUCUCUUCUUUUAUUAUUGAAAGGCAGAUAUCAGUCUAUCACUCCAAAACAACAACAACAACAACAACAACAACUACAAAAACAGCUGGGUAAGGACCAGGUUGAGGAGAGGGAUGUUAUGCUAGUUGAGAAAGUAUGAUUCCCAGCCUUGAGGCAUUUACAAUUCAGUGGAGUCGACAAGUUAUCCACAUAAGUUUUUAGGAACCUUUCGUGGGAUCUGCGUACACUCAAACAGACUGAGCUGGAACGACAAAUCCCUAUCCAUACCGCCCAAGUAUUCGACCUAGAGAAUGACCUCGGCCGUGAAGCCAAAACAUUUUGGGGAGUGAAAAGGAGGAAUCGGUACCCCUGGCUGGCAGCUGAACGGGAUGACGGUCUGGUUCCUGGUGAAGAUGCUAAGAAUGAAGAAGAGACCUUCCAAAGAAGGGAAGAACCCUCAGCAGGGAACUACUGAGGACUGUAGCGUUGACUCUGAUGACUGGACCAGCUCUGAGAGUGAGCCAGAGCAGCUGGGCUUGCGAAAUCCCAGCCAUCCCCAAUGGCAAGAACAAGGACCACCUCCCAAGCCCCAUCCACAGCUCUGCCGCUCGCCUUGUCUGGACCAGCCCAGCUUCUCUCAGAGCAGCACUCUGCAGGACCCAAAACUCGAAGAAGACAAGAAGCCCUCCGUGGACAAGGAGUACCAGGCCAAAAUGGACUUUGCUUUAAAACUCGGGUAUGCUGGGGAGCAGAUUCAAACUGUUUUGAGCAAACUGGGUCCAGAUGCCCUCAUCAAUGACAUACUGGCUGAACUUGUGAGACUAGGGAACAAAAGCGAGGAAGAGGGUCAAAAAGCUGGAGGCCCGGAACACGGCCACACGGCCAGGGAUGUGACUAGCCCGGAGCUGUCCCUGGAAGGUGAGAUCACAGACAACAUCGAGAACCUGAGACCUGUUGUGAUAGAUGGAAGUAACGUGGCCAUGAGCCAUGGGAACAAAGAAGGCUUCUCCUGCAGAGGAAUACAAUUAGCUGUCGACUGGUUUCUGGAGAAAGGCCAUAAAGAUAUUACAGUCUUCGUACCUGCAUGGCGGAAGGAGCAGUCUCGCCCUGAUGCACCAAUUACAGAUCAAGAUAUCUUACGUAAACUGGAGAAAGAAAAGAUUCUUGUCUUUACUCCAUCUCGAAGAGUACAAGGCAGGAGAGUCGUCUGCUAUGAUGACCGUUUCAUCGUCAAGUUGGCUUUUGACUCCGAUGGCAUCAUUGUGUCCAAUGAUAACUACCGGGAUCUUCAGAAUGAGAAGCCCGAGUGGAAGAAAUUCAUCGAAGAGAGACUACUGAUGUUUUCUUUUGUCAAUGACAAGUUUAUGCCUCCGGAUGACCCCUUAGGGCGUCAUGGUCCAAGUCUGGAAAAUUUCUUAAGAAAGAAACCUGUGAUUCCUGAGCAUAAGAAGCAGCCAUGCCCUUAUGGUAAGAAAUGCACGUAUGGCCACAAGUGUAAAUACUACCACCCAGAACGUGCCAACCAACCACAGCGGGCAGUGGCAGAUGAGCUCCGCAUCAGUGCCAAACUGUCAGCUAUCAAGACCAUGAGCGAGGGAGCGUUGCCCAAGGGUGGCAGCGCGGCGCCGAUGCCCGCUUCCAAGAGCGAACCCGGUUCCGAAGGGAAGCGUGUCGCUCCCAAACGCCAGUCAGAUCCCAGCAUCCGGUCUGUGGCCGUGGAAACCGAGGAGAGGCUGCCUAUCAUUCGUAAGUCUGAGACCAACUCCACCCCCUCCCUGGUGACGGCCUUGAGUGUCCCCACACUUCCUCCUUCCAAAAGCCAUGCGGCAAGUGCCCUGAACACCCGCUCUGCAAGCAGCCCAGUGCCUGGGUCCUCACAAUUCACCCAUCAGAAAUCUUCCCUGGAACACAGAACCAGUAUGCAAUACCCACCCAUCCUGGUCACUAAUAGCCAUGGCACCUCUGUUGGCUACACUGAGCAGUACCCAAAAUAUGACUCCCUGGGGGAUCGUGGCUACUACUCACUGAUGAGCGACUUCUCCAACCUGAGCAUCAACAGUGGCCAUGGUGCAGACUAUUAUGGGGCCGAGCCAGACCGUCACACGUGCAGCAUGUACGCUCGCAAUGUCAGCCCCUGCCAUGACAAACACAUGAGCCAUACGAGUAGUGACCCUUAUUCCUCAUACAGCGAUUUGUAUUUGGGUGUAGUAGAGGCUAGUCAGGAAGAUGCUUUGAAGGUGAACCGAUCGUGCUCACAAAACCAUCUUCAGCCUUUUUCACAUGGUUACCAUGAAGCCUUAACAAGAGUUCACAGUUAUGGUCCAGAUGAACCCAAACAGGUUCCCCACAAACAUCCAGCGCCCCGAUUAGUGUUGCAUGCCCAGCCUCACCACCCAGUAGUCGGAGCCCGAUCUAGUUGUCCCGGAGAUUACCCUGUGCCUCAGGGCAUCCACCCCCCAGGUACGGCUCCGCCAGGCCGAGCGUUGGUGAUGACACGGAUGGACAGCGUUUCUGAUUCCCGCCUCUAUGAUGGCAACCCGAUGAGGCAGAGGCGGCCACCCCUGUGCCGGGAGCAACAUGCCAGCUGGGACCCUCUGCCCUAUCCUGCUGCUGCUGACUCCUACAACUAUCACUCGUACCCUUUGAGCACCAACCUCAUGCAGCCCUGUUAUGAGCCGGUCAUGGUGAGGAGCAUGCCCGAAAAGAUGGAGCAGAUCUGGAGGAAUCCUUGGGUUGGGAUGUGCGGCCAGCCGAGGGAGCAUCACAUGAUCCCUGAACACCAGUAUCAGACCUAUAAGAACCUCUGCAAUAUCUUCCCGGUUGGCAUCGUCCUCUCGGUGAUGGAGAAGAAUCCUCACAUGACCGAUGCACAGCAGCUGGCAGCCAUAAUUGUGGCCAAGUUGCGCUCGGGACGCUAAUGGAUGAUUCUUCUUGGCCCUUUCUGGAAUGAGCGAUCCAGGGAGAGAAGAUAUGGGGGAAGGCGGCUAAGUGGAAGAAACCCUUCCGGGAAUUUCCUCACUAAUAUACGCUUACUCAUUGAUUCUGUACUGGAAAAAGUAUGUCAAUGCUAUACUAAAGGCAGAAGCAAGAGCACCCACAUCAGACUGUGUUGUACAUAGGUUUAAUGUUUUAGGGUUGUUUUAAAGUAGGAAUUGCAAAAACUGUGUGAAAGGAAAUGCCUAUCUUAUUGCAUGGAUAGUUGGCCAUCCAAUAUCCUUAAUGAAACAAAUGGGAUCACAGUUUACCCUUGAAUGCUGUAAGUGCAAAUCUAUUGUCAGCAGUUAUGUUGCACGUUUGAAUGUAUAUUUUCUGGGGUGCAUUAAGUGUGUGUAUGUAUGUGUGUAAUAUAUAUGUGAUGUAUAUACACAUAUAUACACAUAGAUGCACACACAUAAUAUAUAAAUAUAUGUAAAUACUAUUUUCUAUUGAGUUAUAGAUGUACCCAUCUAUAUCGGGGUGUAUGUGUGUGUCUAUGCCACAUGUGUAUAAACAUAUAUACAUAUAUGUAUGUAUGUAUGGAAACACACACACACACACAGUCUUAGAAAAUGAAAACUCUGCAUGAUCUUGAACCUACACUCAGCCAUGUAGGUAGAGAGGCUGACCAGGCCAUCUUUGGUGUAUCUCACAUUAGCAGAGUAUCAAACUGGAAAGGGCUAACCAGCAGUGGGGAAGAUGGCUGGGUUUAGUGACGGAACAGACCAGUUUCUACCCUUUGCACUUUUUUCAAAUGUCAACGCUUAUUGACAUUUCUUUAACGAUGAAAGUCUUUCACUGGUUUCAUUUGAUAAAGCCGAGGUCAAGUUGCAGCGUCCCUCUUCGGAAGAGCUGAUGGAAGCGAAUUUUGUUCCCUGGAGUCCCACACGGAUGCCAUGGAGUUCUGGCCUUCAAAGGCUUCCUGUCAAAAUCAGGUACAAUCUCAUGACCUGGUAGGUAACUGCCUUCCGGCGCAAAGCUUCACAUUCAGAAUGAUUGGCAUUUCAAAGAAGUAGUAAAGCUUCGCUGUCAAACACACCCUCGUUUGGCUGGCCAGCUCUGUGUUGUUCGCCCCUCUGGAAACGAAAGUGAGGAACCGUAGACUCCUCAACGGGAGAGCUGCGAUGGCCCUUCAAACAUGGAAUGUGAUUGCCGGAAGGAACGAUCAGAACAUUGAAUGUCCACUUUGGAAGGGACCUCAAAAACUAUCCAGUCAGCCCCUUCGUUUUCUGUAUGAGACAUCUGGGGUCCUGAGAGGAGGCCUAAGUUGUUCACAGUCACACAGUUUAUAAUAAGUGGCAGCAGAGCUGAGACUGGAUUCUGUUUCGGGUCCCGAUCUUUUGCUCAUCCCUCUCCACUGCCUGAUCUCUCAGUUAAAACUAAUUUGUAUAUUAGUCACUAGGCAACCAAACCAAUCACUUGUGGCACGGUACUCUCCUAUAGAUGCAAAGUAGGAUAUUUUCCGGGCAGGAACAAGCUAGCUUUGAGAAGAAAUGUCUCAUCUCCGACUUGCCAUCAGGUAGCUUAGCCUCUCACUCUAGGUCCUCACACCAGAGGUGUACAAUUUGCCUAGUGACAUUUUUCAGAUGCAUUACUUGGGAAGGGGGGUGGGGGUGGGGAGGGCAUGGCUUGUGCAAUUUGUAUUUUGCUCAGGGUGGAAUCCAUUGUAGUGAAAAGCCUCCAGCAGAGGCAAAUCCAUUGGGGUUUUUUUUUCUUAAGCUGCACUGAAUGGAUGCCCUUUUUUGAAUCUAAUAUAUUUUUCAUCAUUUUAAGCCAGCUCUAGAGUUUGGGAGCUGGAAAUCGCUGACUUCCUACUGUAGUUUUUUCAUGAAAGUUGAGAAGGCCUUACCUAGGUCUUUUGUCUCUUCAUGAGAAGGUGUGACACUGCCUAAAUGUUUCUUACUGUGAAACACACGGAUCGUGAGGCUGCCGUUAGGGUUGUUUCUGGUGUUUUGAUAAAGGCUUUGUGUGCUGCUUUCUGGUACUCUCUCCCUGUCCUGAGCAACAGAACAUAUCACUCCCGCCAUUUACAGAGAAGGCUAAUCCGUUCUAAUUCCGAUUCCUUUCCCAAAUUCGUGUAUCCAUUCCAUCUAUCACCCUAAAUAAAUCACCCCUCAGAAUGUCAUUCAUGUACAAAAUAGAUUUUUUUUGUCCAACGAUGAAAGAAGCAUGUGAGCUGGGGUCUAGAUCCAAUUCUGACGACUUACUGCGUAACGAUGGGCAGGUCGCUUUACUUAACUGGUCCUCGUUUUCCUCACCUGAUAAACAGCAAUACUCGCACUUCCUGCCUCGCAGAAUUGUGAUGAAAUCGAUCCACUUCAAAUCUUAAAGUACAGGAACAAUGGGAUGAGAUUGUUAAUGAUUCUAUGAAAACUUACCGUUAUAACUCACAUGUUAUAGUUUUCUCAUUGAUGCCAUUUCAUAUAAGAUCAAUCAAUUUAAGUCUGGUGCCUCCAGCCAACAAAACUGAAAGACGAUACCGCCUUCACGCCUAAACCAUUGAAUUUGUGAAAUUAAAAAUCAGGAAGUUUUGGCUGGCGGAGCAUGGGCACCUCUAAUAAUCAAAAGAUCUGUAAGACCCAAUUCAUCCUAUUAGCUAUCAUUCUUGAAAAGGCCAAAGGCAUUGAUUAAAAACAUUUAAAUUCACUGCCUCGUGCCCCACCCCUAUACCCUCCUUUUCUUUCUCCUGACAUCUGUAUUUCUGACCUUCAGCUACUUCAUUCCCACCUCCUUCUAGCUUCCUCCCAACAUCCCCAACAUCCUCACAGCAUGUCCGGAUCCAAGCGGCUGAGAGCAACACCUCAAAUAUCCAGAAAUGACCUUUUGUUUGUUGAUACAAAUUGUAUCUCUUUUUUUCUUGAUUGUAUAAAACAACAAGCUUGUACAAAACUCAUCUCUAAACUAAUUUCAGUAUCUCUUGUUCCCACCUGCGAUGUUUGUGACACUGUGUGUCACCCUGACCUGGUGCAGGGGUAAUUUUUAUUUACAAGGCUUUUUCUUUACAAAUGGCACUUGUAGCUAAGAGACAAACUGAGACGACUUUUCCAGUACCCUUUAGUACCAUGUUCACAGCUAGUGUGUAUAUAGUUUUGAGCAUAAUAUCGUCAAAUUCUCUCUAUUCAGCUCAAUGUGAUCCUUGCAGAGGGAUUCUCUGUAACAAAUGGUCCGUGCUAAUGAAUCAUCCAUCUGCAGGUGUUUAAUGAUCACACUCUAUAGCCACGAUAGUGACACGUCUGGCUUGGAUUCUCAACAGGUGGGAUUUCAUUGCAACAGGGACUUCUUGAUAAAUAAGCAUGUGAAAGAGCAUUUGUCCCCCUCAGCUCAUUUGAUUAUAUGAUCGAGCUCGUGGCCAGGGGCCUUCAGAGCCCUUUCUUUUUGCUGCUCUGAAGGGGUUAAUACAUACGUGUCCUUCGGACCUUGUUCUGGGACAUGGCGGGGGGGGGUCUAACUUUUUCCCUCCUACGCCUCACCUCUGCCUGACAGGAUGCUCCAGCCUGUUUAGGCCUUUGCUUUGAGGGUGUAGGAUCUUUGGGGUUUAUUCUUUCUCCUCUCCUACUCUUACAACACAGGAGAGAGAAGUGGAGAUCUGGAACAUCCUUCCUGAAGUUGGGGUUCUCUUUUGCUAAGCCAGCUGAGAGAGGCCAGGAACCUUUAAAGAGGCCUUGAGCCGACCCGCCUGGUUGGAGUGAAGGCAGCUGCAAAGGAUGGGGUUAAUUUAGAGACACUGUCCAAACAGCUUCUCUCUCCCCCCAUCUUCUCUUUUUGGAGUAGCAGUGGAACAUACCUUAUCACUCUUUCUCUCUCAGUGAAUCCCAUUUUUCUAUUUUCAGAAUAAAUCUCUUUAUACAUCCCCAGCAACUUGACUUCCAACUCACCCCUUAGCAUUGGGGUCUCUUCUAAGGUAGAAGAGAGAAGAGUUGAUCUCCAGACCCCCUCAGUCAACCAUCUCAGCUCCCCUGUAAAUAUGGGCCUUUGUAUAGACCCUCUUUUUUGGAAACUCUGGUAUCAAAAUACAUUUUAUUUCUUUAUUAUGUGCACCAGGUCCAGGAGGUAGAAAACAUGAAGUGUGCUGAUUUAUCUGAAGAACCCUGCUCAGCUCUCAUCACUAAGCUACCUUUACUUUCCUUUUUAACCUUCAGCCUUUCCUCGUACCUCUUAGCAUUUGAAGAGCAUGGGUGAUCUUCUACGAUAACAAUACUAGAGGGACUAGAAAUUGGAACUGAAAACUACUUUCCUGGAUUAUCCUCUUGCCACCAACCCGAUAUCUUUGUAGAACUUGUCCCCAUUAGUUAUGCAGCGUCCCAAUAACUUGCAGUCACAUGUCCUCGUAUUAUAGCUUUAGUGCAUUGUGUACGUGGACACAUAAUCUGACGAUGAUUGGUCCUGGUGCUUGUUUCCUUGAGCUCUGGUGUUUUUGCUUGCUCCACCUGUUAAAUUAAAUGUUACUGUGUAAUUGUUGUAAACUUUUAUGAAACCUCUUUGGGUUCUUUGGUCAACCCAAAUAUAAUGUAAGUCUCAAUGACAAGAGCGAUGAUGACAAAGCCAAGCACGUGCACACUCCAAAAACCGAAUUGCCCAAACACAUACAGAGGUCAAAAUCGCAACCCAUAGGUGAGUGCGAAUGACAGUGAAUUGAACCCCGACUAUGGUGUUUGUAAAUCCCUCUGACGCAUGCGUGGCAAGGCUUUUCCCCCAUUACUGCAUGGCAUGUUCCCACUAGCCUGGAUGUGCUGUGAGUGCUGUUUCGCAAGGUUUCUAAUUUGUUUUAAGUUUUCAUGAUGGAGAAAUACUGUAUGGUUGAUGACAACGAUGAACCAUGCUGCUCCUACCUAUCAUAUAAAAUUUUUGGUUAAAAUUUA